AUGUCGCGUUACAGUUUUGGUCUAGAACCACUUUCUUGCCACACCUGGAACAAAGACAGGACACAAAUUGCAGUGAGCCCCAACAAUAAUGUGGUGAAUAUUUAUGAAAAGAAAGGAAAAGACUGGAUGAAGAUCCAUGAGCUUACUGAGCAUAGUGGACGCAUCACAGGCAUUGACUGGGCCCCCAAGUCCAAUCGCAUUGUCACCUGUGCCUCUGACCGCAACGCCUAUGUGUGGACUCUAAAGGAUGGCUCAUGGAAGCCUACUCUGGUCCUUGUGCGAAUCAACCGUGCAGCCACAUGUGUAAAAUGGUCUCCUUUGGAAAACAAGUUUGCCCUUGGCAGUGGAGCUCGACUCAUCUCUGUCUGUUAUUUUGAGAAAGAAAAUGACUGGUGGCUGAGUAAACACAUCAAAAAGCCUGUUCGCUCCACUGUUCUGAGCCUUGAUUGGCAUCCUAAUAACAUUCUUCUGGCAGCCGGGUCUGCUGACCUUCACUGCAGAAUUUUCUCAGCUUACAUUAAGGACAUUGAGGACAAACCUGGACCCACUGCUUGGGGGGCCAAAAUGCCUUUCGGGGAGGUGAUGUUAGAGAAUAAGGAUUGUGGAGGCUGGGUGCACAGUGUCUCCUUCUCUCCCAGUGGAGACCAGUUGGCCUGGGUGGCCCACAACAGCAGCAUAACCGUGGCUGAUGCUACCCGGGGAAAGGAGGCAACACAGCUGACUAUUGACAGUCUUCCACUGUUGAGCGUUCUAUUUGUCAGCCCCACUGAGAUUGUUGCUGCGGGGCAUGACUGUUGUCCAUACCAGUUCAGCUACACCGGACCAGGCUCUCUGAGAUUUGUUAAAAAGCUGGACAUACCCAAGCAGUCAUCUAAGAGUGGCAUUUCAGCCAUGCAGCACUUCCGUAACCUGGAUAAGCGGGCAACAGAGGAUGACAGCAAUGAAUUGGACACCCUUCACCAAAACAGCAUUAUGCAAUUAUGUGCUGUUAAGGGUACAACUAAAGUGGAGAAGUACAGUAGCGUGGGGCUGGAUGGAGCCAUGGUCAUGUGGGAUUUUAAGGGGGACAUUCAGGGAGAAAUUGAGGUGGGAAGGUUGGGCGAAAGUGAGCACAAUGACAAUGACGUAUCCAGGCCAGGUGAUCCAGGGGUGGAUGAGCCGGGUGCCGACCAAUCAGGAACCAGCGGUGGCGCCACAACACUAGGCCCAGAUGCGCCAGGGACCACGCUGUCAGGAUGCAUAGUGAAUAGGGUCAUCAGCUUCUCACUCUGCAACCAAUGCCAGUGUGCAUUGGUUGAAGCACCUAUCAAUACCAACACAGAGAGUCAGAGUGCCGUCCUGCUGCAGAUGAAAGAGUUUAUACCGGCCAUCGGAUGA